AUGGUUGCGUUGUUCAUAAAAGACAAUACCGGUUACAUGUCAGGGAUCAAGUACAAAGUGGUUGAUGCUUCGUUAAUAGAAUUCAACCUUACAAGCGACAACAUCAUAGUUUACGGGUUAAAGGUCAACAUGACAGCAACAAACUCCAACGAAGAAGCAUAUAAACCUAAAUCGGAAUAUUUUGCACAUUUUUCGUAUAAAUGUAAUCGAUUCACUGAAUUGAGUAUGGAACCCUUUGUCAUUCCCAGUAAGACUACCAUGUUGCUUGAGCCCACAGUGCUUGGAGGUUUGCACAAUAAAAUAACAAUGGGAAGAUCAGAGCAGCUGUUGUCAGAGGCCAUAACAAAGAUUAAAGGUUGGAAUGAAGAUGUUCACCUCAAAGCUUUUCAGACUGACCUUUUGUCGGUGGAGUCAAUUAUAAAGUUCAGUACUUCCCUACGGCAGUGGUUUUUGGAUUCCGAUUUGCACUGCUCGGUACAAAUACUAAUAUACAAUGCUGGAAUACUUGCAACAUCUCCUAGAAUCACAGCUGAGGGCUAUCCCAAGAUGAUCGGCAAAAAUUAUAUCGGUCAAUUUGUUAUGACCAAACUUCUAUUACCACUUAUUGAACGCAGUCAUGUAUCUUCCAAAAUUGUUAAUGUAACAUCAUUUACUCACCGAAUUGUUACUAAUAUGCAGGUUGAUGAGGGAAUUAUAUCUAGGAAAAGAUUUUUAAAAUCAAAACAAUAUCCAUAUGAUCAGAUCUAUGAGUAUUCAAAAUUAUGUUUACUUCUCUUCUCAUAUGAGCUCCACCGACAGCUUUGCCAGAUUGGUAAAUCUCAUCAGAUAUUUGUCAAUGUUGCAGAUCCUGAAGUUGUACAAACAAACAUCAUGCGAGAAGUUCCAGCAAAACUAUCUUCGGUGACAUUCUUUAUACUAAAGCGUCUACACCUAUUGGAAUCCUCUGAGUGCGGGAAUGAUUCCAUUAUUGAUGUUGCUCUUACUCCGUCUGUAUUGUCUACCAACUCACUUACUUAUUACCAUCAGUUGUAG